GCAGCUCCUCACCCGGUUCUGCACCGUGUCCUCGGGCGCCGCCGAGAGUCUCGUCCGCCGCCGGAGGCAGAGCGGUAGAACGGGGGGCGGGGAGGACUGGGCCCUCCGCGCCGGAACUCCCGCCAUGAUGGAUGGCAACUUCUCGACUGCAUCGUUCCGCGCGUAGCCUCCGGGCCCCAAGGCCGCCAUCGUCACUCCGGAGCCCGGCGACCGUUACACUCCUCAACUGCCACCGAACAGCGAACGGCCGCGGGAAAGCCGGCGCCGCCGCCCAUUGGACGCGGCCGGCUGCCGGUCUGGCCAAUCUCAGGGUUGCCAGGCGGCGCUUUUGACCAAUGAGAGCUAAGAUUCGGAGCGGAGGUUCUGGCAGGGUGGAGCCACGGCUCCUCAGCUUGAUACUUGAUCGAGCGUUGUGGAGUUUUUUUUAAAUCCCGUCUGUGUUUUCAUCAUUCAAUAAAUAUCAGGUUUUAACUUUUACGAAGCUAAUGCCAAAGCCUCCUCGCCUCGCUUUUUGCUGCCCCCCCACCCUCACCCAAGGGCGACUAUCCGCGCAGUGGCAGUCGCCCGGAUGUAAGCGUAGGGUGGAGCCGAAAUAGACUGAAGAGUUGGCGCAGACUCAGAAACGCCUUGACUCCACCUCUCCCCCAUCAUGUGAUGAGGUCCGGGUGGCUAAGAGCCGGCUUUGCGCAGACAUUCUCGCUUGUCUCCAUUUGCCACGCGAUGAGGUCGUAGCUGUGGUAACACGGCCUGGCGCGCAGUACGCAGGCACGUGACGAGGCCCCUUACGUCAGGCACGCUGCAAGCGUGCGGGCGGGGCGGGGUUCUGCGGCGUCCGGCGAGGACCAAAGUGCGACUUCAGACCGAGCAAAAGCCAGUUGGGUUGGACAGCCAUGCCCAAGUACUGCCGGGCUCCGAACUGCUCCAACAAUGCGGGCCAACUGGGCGCGGACAACCGCCCGGUGAGCUUCUACAAGUUCCCCCUGAAGGAUGGUCCCCGGCUGCAGGCCUGGCUGAGGCACAUGGGGUGUGAGCACUGGGUGCCUAGCUGCCACCAGCACCUGUGCAGCGAGCACUUCGCCCCCUCUUGCUUCCAGUGGCGCUGGGGCGUGCGCUACCUGCGGCCGGAUGCUGUGCCCUCCAUCUUCUCCGGAGCGCCGCCCGCCAAGAGGCAGACGAAUUCCCGAAGCACCGAGAAACCAGUCGUGCCUCCAACUCCGCAGGAGGCCACGUCCCUGUCCCCUGGUCCAGCCGUCCCGGCCCCUGGCCCCGUACAGCUUGUGGUGUUGGGGCCAGCAUCCGGGGGCCCCGAGGUCCCAGCCACCGUGUUCCUGACUCCCCUGCCGCUUCCGCCGGUUCCCACGGGGCCGCGCCCUGGAGUGUCGGCCCAGCACCCCUGGCCCGGGCUGGGCGCGGCGCUGGGAGCGCUGCAGCGGCGGGUGCGGAGGCUCCAGCGGCGCCACGAGCGGCACCAGGCGCGGCUGCGGGCUCUGGAACAGCUGGCGAAGCAGCUGCGCGCGGAGAGCCUACUGGCGCCGGCGCACCGGGGCCGGCUGCGCGCGCUCCCUGGACCUGAGGAGUCCCAAGCCUUCACCAUCAUCUGUGGAGGGCCUGACAUAGCUGUGGUCCUCGCCCAAGGUCCUGCACCUCCCACCCUGGACGCCAAGCCUGAGCUCCUGGACACUCAGACUCCCAGUGCAUAAGGACCAGGACAGAUGACAGAAGACAGAGGAAGAGAGACGCAUCAAACGUGGGCUUGGCCCAGCCCCAUGACCCAUGCCUGGGGCAUAGCAGUGCCUCCCUCAGGGCCCUGGCUCCCACCACCUUCUCCUAGGGACCCCUUGAACCUUAGGGCUGACCUGGGCCCAAGACCCCUGUCAGCAGUGAUUACCCUGGGAACCAGGUCCCAACCCCACCUUCAAUCUUUGCGGUCAGUAAAACAUUCUGAGAGCAGAGCAAGGGUUGUUUGUUUGGAGAGAGUUGUACCUGGUUCUGAAGAGCCCCUUGUACCCUUUGCCAAGGCUGGUGCCAAGCUGGGGAUACAGCAGUGAACACAGCUGACAAAAGUCCUGUCCUCGUGGUGCUCACUUUCUGCUUGAGCAGAAGAUGAACUAGUAAAUUAAUAAACAGUAUAAUUUCA